UCGUAUUUCAGAAUUUCAUUCAAACAUCAAACAGUUUUCAUUUGCUUGCAAUUGUUUUUAAAAUUAUUUAGUAGUGAAUAUAAUAUGGCUGAAGACUACAAGCCGGGUCAAUUGCCGUAUCCGGAGCAGGAUGAACGAAAAAAGUUUUGCAAGUUUCACUAUAAGGGAGUUCUGCUCCUGCUGCUACCCAUCUUGUUGGGUCCCAUACUUCUCGGCCCCGAAGUUUUGGCUUAUCGCAUGUUAUAUCUUGGCACUGUGGUCUAUUUGUAUUACAUAUUAAAUCUCAUGUCACAGCUGGCAGUAGCGUUCAUACUUGUUGUUUUUGUGCCCGUCUGCGGUAUAUCGGCAUCUAAAGUUAUUUGCACUUCCUACUACUCGGAUCUAAUGUUCGUCACACUGGGCAGCAUAUUCAUGGGCGUCAUGAUGGACGUCUCGAAGCUUAGCGAACGGCUGGGCAUGAUGGUGAUCGGUUGUGUUGGCAGCAAUUUGCGGCUUCUUCAGGUUUUCCUCAUGUUUAUGACGGCCAUCACAUCGUUUUUUGUCAGCAGCACAUUUAUGGCUGCCUUCUGGAUGAAAAUCGCCCAGGCUGUGAUCCUGGAAUAUACCGCAGCCGGAAUUUUGGUGGCCGAAUCGGAGGAGGAGACCUACGAGCGUCAGGCCAAGCCAUAUCCCUCGGAUCCGGUAAUUGGCAUAUAUCUAACAGUUGCCUAUUCAGCAACGCUUGGCGCCAUGAUCUCACCCUUCCAGGAUCCCAACGGAGAGAUCUAUGCCACCCUAAAGCCUUUUAUGUCUGUGCAUCCGGCUGGCUUCUUGCUGCUCUAUGCUGCUCCAUUGAUAUUCGGCUUUAUUGUGAUUGCACUUUGGAUAAAUAUGAUAUUUUUGGGUCUGUUUUGGGGCAAAACGAAAGAUGUGGUUAGGGAUGUUGCCCAGUCCAAGGAAGGUAUACAGCAGGCGAUCGCGAACAAGAAGGACAACAUGGGACCCUGGACGAUUCACUCGAUUUUCACCCUGUUGCUGAUCAUAAUUACGGCCAUCUUAUUGUUCACACGUCUGCCGCUGCUUUGGUCAGGCUGGGACGAUCACGUCCCUAUUGUCAAAUGCGGCGCCUCGGUGCCGAUUAUAUUAAUGUCGUUAUUUUUUUUUGCCGUGCCGGCUAACUAUAUGUUCUGUCGCUAUUAUUGCUGCCGGCAGCCGCAGAAGGAGGGCACGGCUCCGGCUCUGGUAGGCUGGAAGAUUGUGAACGCCAACACACCCUGGAGCCAUCUAUUCAUGAUGGGCGCCGGCGGUGCCUUUCUGAGGGGCUACAAGGAUUCCAAGCUAAUGGAUUUGGUGAAUCAGACGAUCGCCAGACAGGGCUAUCGCAGCACCUCAUGCGCCGUGCUGGCCAGCCUGCUGGGCACCCUGCUCACCAGCAUUGCGCCGGCCACAUUUGUGGCGAACAUUGUCUUAGGCUCCAUGGUCCCUUUGGGCAUACAAAUGGGCGUUGGUAAGCGCGGGCUGGCCGUGCCAUUUGCAGCCUCUGUUCAUAAUCAAUUCCUGCUGCCCGUCAGCACCACAUCCAACACACUUAUCUCCGGCUGGGGCAAUAUUCGUCCAUAUCAGUUUCUGCUGGGCGGUAUUGUGCCUGCCCUAUCUAUGUUCAUAUUCCUUGGCGUAUUUUCCGCUUUACUCGGCAGCACUGCUUAUAAAUGAAUUUGAGGAACGGAUCAUUUAAGCCUUAGCUUAAAUUUGUUUUUUUUUUUUUUUUUUUCUAUUGAAAGAAAUGUGUGUAAAACUCGUGGGUUUAACGUAUGCGGCAACUGGCCACAGACGGAGCAGACAUCAAUCUGGGCCAGAACGAGUUGCCAGUUUCCAGUUGCCAGUUGCCUGCAUAUGUUGUUUUAAAUUCUUAUAUAAAACUAGGGCGGGGUUUUUAGGUUUUUCUAGCCAAAACAGCGCAGUGCGCCGCGUGUCGAGCAAAAACAGUCGUAAAACUGAGCAAAACUGAGCCAAACUGAUGCGACACACUGACAAACAGACAGACAGAAAGACAGAGCAGCCCAAAGCUGACUAGAGUUGAGCUUGGGCCGUGCCGCGAUGGUCGUGUAGAAGGAAAGCACGCAGAGUGUGAUCUACAAAGUCAGGCUACAGUGAAAUGAAUGAAAAAUCCAAUAAAUACCGAAAUUCUUAUAUUAACAAAGUAAAAAACGUGGAUAUCUUAAAAAUUCGGCAGGCCAAGCAAAUACCUCGAAGCUAAAUCAAACUCUACCGAACGGAUUUUUUCAAUCGGAAGCAACAUUUAUUAGGCAAUUAUAAUUGUCUCUAAUGUAUUUAAUAAUAUUAAGCCCUGUUUGCUUUAU